UUCAGCCAAGCCUUUCCUCCUCAGUGGCUGCUGCAGCCCUUCUCCUCCGCCCCACACUUUGCUUCUUCCCCUCAGCAGUGGCUUCUUCUGCCCCACUGCAACGAUGAUCCUCCUCUGUCUCCUCACCUGGCAAGUUUUGCAGUUCACCCAAACUCUUGAACUCCCAGCCGGCUCUUGUGCCUUUGAAGGCAGCACUUGCGGCUAUGAAUCAGACCUCGCAUCCCUGCCUUGGAUCUUGAACGAAGAAGGUCAUUACAUUUCUGUGGGUACUUCACAGGGUACGAAUGGUGACACAGCUGUAUUGCUCAGUCCUGAACUCUCUACAGAAGACUGGAGCUGUAUUAGACUCAUAUACCAAAUUGCCACAUCUUCAGAGUUGGCAGUAGAUCCUACUGCUUUAAAUGUGUACCUCAGGGUGGAAGGGGAAAGUUUUGAUCAUUUACUUUGGACAACUACAGAACCCUCAGAGAGCUGGCUCAUUGCUAGCCUAGAUCUAAGAAAUAAUACCGACAAAUACAAGAUUGUAUUAGAAGGUGUAUUGGGAAGAGACAUUUUUGCCAGCAUAGCAGUUUUUGAAGUUAAAAUUACUACUGGCUACUGCAUAGAAUGUAAUUUUGAAGAGAACCAUCUGUGUGGUUACAUGAACCGAUGGAACCCCAAUGUAAACUGGUUUGUGGGUGGAGGCAACAUUGGAAAUUCCCAAUCCAUCCUUCCAAGAGAUCACACUCUUAAAGAUGAAUUAGGCCACUACAUGUAUGUGGACUCUCUCUAUGUCAAACACUUCCAGGAAGUGGCUCAGCUGGUUUCCCCCAGGACAACAACUCCUGUGUCAGGCUGUUUGUCUUUUUACUACCAAGUGCAGCAGGAAAAUGGCAUCAUUUUCACCAUCUACAUGAGAGAUGUAAAUGGCUUUUAUGAAGAGCUUUGGAAAGCAGACAGCGCCAUGAAUAAUGGCUGGGUUUUAGGAGAAGUUGAUUUCAAUGCUCCAUACCCAAUGGAGGUUAUUUUUGAAGUUGCUUUUAACAGUGCCAAAGGGGGAUAUAUUGCUCUUGAUGACAUUUCGUUCUCUCCAGUUUUUUGCAGUAAUCAUACAGAAAUUUCCUUCAGUCCUACACAGGCGAGUUGCAGUUUUGAGGAUGAUCUGUGCAAUUUUUACCAGGAUCAUAAGGAUGGCCCUGGCUGGAGCAGGGUAAAAGUAAAGCCUAAUGCAUAUAGACCAGGUGACCACACUACUGGCAUGGGUUACUACUUGAUGGCAAACACAAAGUUUACAUCGCAGCCUGGGUACAUUGGCCGUUUAUAUAGCCCCACUCUGCCAGGAAAUUUACAGUAUUGUCUGCGGUUUUAUUAUGCUUUAUAUGGCUUUUUCAAAAUGAGGGAUACCUUGGCUGUUUACAUCUUUGAAGAGAACCAUGUGGUUCAAGAAAAAAUCUGGUCUGUCUUAGAAACUCCCAGAGGAGUCUGGACUCAGGCUGAAAUCACAUUCAAAAAGCCCAUGCCUUGCAAGGUGGUAUUUGUGAGCUGGUGCAGAAGCUUUUGGGAUUGUGGGCUAGUGGCAUUAGAUGAUGUAUCUGUGACUUUAGGAAGCUGUCAUGUUGCUGAUAUAUUGCCUGCUUUUCCUGGAGAAUGUACUUUUGAACGGAAUGAGUGUGGAUUCAUUCAGCAAAAAAGAAACCGAAGUGGGUGGCAUAGAAGAAGAGGUCAAACUCCGACGUCUUACACUGGACCAAAAGGAGACCACACUACUGGGGUAGGACAUUAUAUGUACAUAGAGGCAUCUAAUAUGAUCUAUGGGCAAAAGGCACGGCUUAUUUCGAGGCCACUACGACGGACCUUUGGCUAUCAGUGUCUUAUAUUUUUUUAUCACAUGUAUGGAGCUGGGACUGGGCUCUUAAAUGUUUAUGUGAAAAAGCACGGUGCUAAGGAAGAGACACUCAUCUGGAGAAGGCGAGGUGAACAAAGCGUCACAUGGUUAAGAGGUCUAAUAGAAUAUACCUGUGAUAAAUCACACCAGAUCAUAUUUGAAGCGGUUCGUGGAUUAUCAAUAAAAGGUGACAUUGCUAUUGAUGACAUUUUGUUUCAAAGUGGACCUUGUAAAGAAAUGGGAGAAACCACAUUACAGUCUUCUGGAUAUUCUGCUGAUUUUAAUGAAAUUGAAUACUGAGCCUUAAGAGAAGCAGACGAAGCAUCUUCUUGCUGAUCUAUAAGACAAACUGCACCACUCCAUCCAGACUCUCACUUUUAAAAAAAAGUGUUAAAUACUGGACACAAAGGCAUGGGACGAAACCAGCAAAAACUCUGUCUUGGCCUUGCUAAUAAUGUUACUGACUCAGGGGUUCCCUCACUUUGUUUUUGUUGUAUUUUGUCUUGCAUGUGACAUCAGUUAUUCUAGAGAGUUUUUCAGCUGCACAGAGUGUGCACUAAUGGACUUAGAUGCUUUUUGAUAAAUAUUUUUGGGCACAUAAAUACAGAAGGUGAAAUGGACACAAUCAUUCAUUGUGUUAACAAGAUCUGCAUUCAGUGAAUGUCUUGUCUUGAGCAAAUAAAGGAUUUAGUUUAAGAAUUUUGAAAUAAUGAAGGAAAUAUUGUUGAACACGUAAUUUUCUGUAGGCUUAUUAAAACUGUUUCGGCUGUUGUUUGUUCAAGAAUGUCUUGGUUGUAAUACAUUAAGUGUCCUAUAAACAUGAGGGGUUUAUUUUUCCAUUUUGCUAUUGCUUUUCAGCAGUUAUGGUAAUAAAUUCAUUUGUCAACCUUGCAGCUAAUAAACGAACCUCUAUAAGUGUUCUGUAAAUGUGUAUAAUUAUAAUAUAACAACACAGACCAGCAUUCAUUACAGCAAGCUCAGUUUGGAAUGCAUUUUUAAUAUUAUAUAUAUAUGGGUUUGAGAAAUGUGCACAGAAUGGUUUUUUAGCAACAAAUUUCGCAUUCUGGCCAGACAUCGAUGCUACACACUUUAUUACUGAAUAUUGUAUAGAUACCUGUGGAUGUGCAUUUUGUAUAGUAUGC